AUGUCAUCUGUUGAUUAUUUAUGGACAGAAGAUUAUUUAAAUGAUUUUGAAAUUGAAAAUAGAUUUAUAGACACGACAAUAACAUUUAUAAUAGUUUCAAAAGAUCCAUCAUCAUGUUAUGAUAAUUUAAUUGGAUUUUUCCAACCUUGGUUAAAAUCUUAUCCUUGGACAAUUGAUCGACCAAAUAUUACUCAACAAUCAACUAGAAUCAAAAAUAUUUUAAUUAAUUAUAUAUAUGGAGAAUUAAAUUAUCAUGAAUAUACUUUUGAAUCAUUAUUAUUAAUUUCUAUAUUAUUUCAAUUCAGUAAAUAUCAUCAAGAUUGUUAUAUUCAUUUAUUUGAUUCAUCAAUUAUUGAACCAAUAUUAUUUUAUUGUCAUGAUUUUUUACCUAAUGAUUUACAAGAUAUUAUAACUUCAAUUAAUCGAACUUGGAUUCAUGAUUUUAAUAUUAUUGUAUUAAAUUUACAUGAUGAUCGAUUUAUUAAUUUAUUUAUUGCCAUAAACCAAUUGAAUAAUUUAGAUUAUAUUAUAAAUCAACAAUUAAGUCAAUUUUGGCAAAAAAAAAUUGAAUUUAAUGAAUAUUUAACUAAUAUUCAUGAUUUGGAAAUUAUAAAUAUACCAAUUGAUAUAGGGAAAUUGAUUAUUAAUGAUCCAACAAUGAUAGGAAAAGCACUUUUAGAAUUAGAACAAAUACUGGAAUUGAAAAAAUUAUCAAAUAUUGAACAAUUAAAAUGUUGUAAUGUGAUUGUUCCUAUAAAUGAUAUAAAUUUACUAACAUUAUUAUCACUUUGUCAUAAUAAUAAUAAUAAUAAUAAUAAUAAUAAUAAUAAUAAUAAUAAUAAUAAUGAUAUUCAAAUACGUGAUAUACUUGCUCAAGGAUUAUCCAAAUAUUAUAGAUCAUCAAAUUCAAAUUCAAAUUCAAAUUCAAAAUUACCACUACCACCUCUACCUUUAAUUCCAUCAUCAAUUUCUCAAAUUUCAAGAUUAGAUUUACAACAAGAAUUAAUAAAUCGAGGAUUAUUAUCACAUAUAGUUGAAGAAAAUAAGGAUGUUUAUCAAGUGAUUGAAAAUUUGAAUAAUAAUAAUGAAACAAGUAUUGAAAAUGAAGAAGAAUUAGCUAAUCAAUUAUAUCAAAUUUUGUUAGAUAAAAGAAUUCAAAAUAUAAUAGAAGAAGAAGAAGAAGAAGAAGACGACGACAACGACAAUGACGACAAUGAUCCUGAUUAUCUGGAUUUUUCUGAUGAUGAUGAUGAAUUAAUUGAAUUUAGAAAUAAAUAUUAUGAAAUAACUAAUAUAUGGUUAGAUAAAAUUCAAUUGAAAUCCAAAUAUAAUCAAUUUAAACAACUGAUAAUAACUCUGGUUAAUAAUUUUAAACAAGAAUUUAUUAAUACUGAAUUUGAUGAUUUCCCAGAAUUUAUGGAAACUAAUGUAAUUUUAGAUUUAAAUAAAGAUUAUAAUGAUGAUAGUGAUUAUAAAAGUGAUGAUAAUAAUGAAGGAAUAUAUCAAGGUGAUAUGGCUUUUGAAGAGUAUCUUAGAUUUAAAAAGAAAUUACGUAAACAAGGUGAAAUUAUUGGUGAUGAUCAUGAACAUGAUGACGAUGAGAAUGAUGAAGAUUGGGAAGAUAUUGAUAAUGAUGAUGAUGAUGAUGAUGAUGAUGAUGAAAGUGAUGAAGGAGAUAGUGAUGGAUAUAUUGAAGAGAUUUAUCAAGAAUCUCCUAAAAUAAGUGAAAUUCAUGAUCCUGAUCCAGAAAUCAUUGAAAGAUUGUCAAAUAAUUUUCAAAAUCUACAAACUAAUGAAAUACAAAAGUCAUCAAAUCUUGAAGAUAUCAUUAAGAAGAAGAAAAAAAAACAUACAUACAUAUAA